GGAGGCUCCCCUUCAGCAGUUAGUGAACCGGUUCGGAAUGACCGGCGGUCAGUGCCUGACUGUAUAUAAACCGGACCAUCUAUUCUUUCGUCUACCUUCCGUCUAGGGCUCAUCUCAAGUUGAAAUUGUUUACUUGGCGAUUUUUAGAGGUGUUUUUUAUAGGGUUGGUUGCUGCAAGAAAUGCAGUCUUCUUCAGCACUUCAACCCUACGCUGCUGCGUCUGCUCCGCCUCCGGUAGCCGGUGCUACUCCUGCCCAGCCCGUGAAUGCUGGCCCUGCUUUCUCAUACAAUGUUCCCGUUUCUAGCCAGCAAUCCCAGAAUUCUUCAGUUGAUGUUGUGCAAGAAACCAACACUUUGUCAUCUGCACCAUCUGUUUCUCUACCUGCUCAUAAUACUUCAAGUUCUGCAACUGCUGUACCAUCAUCUCCUAAUUUAGGCCCGUCUACCUUACGGAUACCCUCUGCCCCAUUGUUUCAAACUCCUCCAGGAAUGCAUGGAACUCCUGCAACGCCUGGUCCCUCUGGAACUUCUUAUUCUGCACCUGUGCCACUGAAUCUGAUUGUCCCAUCUGCACCUGUAGAUUCUUCCUCUUCUACACAACUAAGACCCAUUAUGCCAGCAGCCUCUGCUCCAACAAAUCCAGUUGUUCAGACUCAAGCUUAUGCUCCCUAUCCAUCUGUGCCUCCCAUGGCUGUUCCCCCUCAUGGACUGUGGUUGCCACCCCCACAGUUGAGUGGCUUGCCGAGACCACCAUUUCUACCAUACCCUGCUACUUUUCCUGCUCCCUUUCCUAUGCCGCCACGUGGCAUUUCUCUUCCUUCUAUCCCAUUGCCAGAUCCCCAGCCUCCUGGUGUCACUCCUUUGGGAACUACUGGUGGAUCCCCUCUGCCUUCUGCUGCUUCUGGCCCUCAGAUGACAACUAGUUUGGAGAUGCCAAUGCAGCAAGAAACACCUCCAGGAACUGAUAACAUGAAGCAGGUCAAUGACAUUGGCACCAAAGAUGGAGCUGCGGUUGGUGAGCAAUUAGAUGCUUGGACUGCCCACAAAACUGGAGGUGGGGUGGUAUACUACUAUAAUGCUUUAACAGGAGAAUCCACAUAUGAGAAACCUGCAGGUUUUAUGGGAGAGCCUGAUAAAGUAACUGCCCAGCCAACUCCAGUUUCAUGGGAGAAAUUAACUGGCACAGAUUGGGCAUUGGUCACCACAAAUGAUGGCAAAAGAUAUUAUUACAACACUAAAACGAAGUUGAGCAGCUGGCAAAUUCCAUCUGAGGUUACAGAGUUGAGAAAGCAGCAGGAAAAUGAUGGUUUAAAAGAACACUUAACUGCAGUGCCAAAUACUAACACAUUAAGUGAUAAAGGAUUGGCUCCUAUCAGUUUGAGUGCUCCUGCUGUUAAUACAGGUGGCCGUGAUGCUAUAGCUCUAAGAGCAUCUGGAGGGCUGGGAUCAUCAUCUGCAUUGGAUCUAAUAAAAAAGAAGUUGCAGGAUUCAGGAGCUCCUGGUACUUCAUCUCCUGUCCCGCCAUUGUCAGGACCAGUGGCAUCUGAAUUGAAUGGCUCAAGAGUAGUUGAAGCUACAGUUAAGGGUCCCCAGACUGAGAACAGCAAAGAUAAGUUAAAAGAUGCUACUGGCAAUGGUAAUAUGUCUGAUUCCUCUUCUGAUUCAGAGGACGUGGAUAGUGGACCAACCAAGGAGGAGUGUGUCAUCCAAUUCAAGGAGAUGCUCAAGGAACGUGGGGUGGCACCAUUCUCAAAAUGGGAGAAGGAACUUCCCAAGAUAGUUUUUGAUCCACGCUUCAAGGCUAUUCCAGGUUAUGGUGCUCGGAGAACCCUGUUUGAGCACUAUGUUCGUACACGUGCUGAAGAAGAACGUAAGGAAAAACGGGCAGCUCAAAAAGCCACAAUGGAGGGCUUCAGGCUAUUAUUAGAAGAAGUGAAGGAGGAUAUUGAUCAUAACACUGAUUAUCAAACAUUCAAAAAGAAAUGGGGUCAUGACCCACGGUUUGAGGCCUUAGACCGAAAGGAGCGAGAAGUUUUAUUGAAUGAAAGGAUACUUCCUCUGAAGAAGGCUGCUGAAGAAAAAAUUCAAGCAAUACGUGCAGCUGCAGCAUCUAGCUUUAAAUCCAUGCUUCGUGAAAAAGCAGAUAUCACUACAAGUUCUCAUUGGUCCAGGGUGAAGGAUAGUCUAAGGAAUGACCCCAGAUACAAAUCUGUUAAGCAUGAGCAUAGGGAGGUUUUGUUUAAUGAAUAUGUGUCUGAACUAAAAUCUGCCGAAGAGGAAGCAGAACGAGCAGCAAAGGCCAAACUGGAGGAGCAGGAGAAGCUGAAGGAAAGAGAGCGAGCAUUGAGAAAGAGGAAAGAGAGGGAAGAACAAGAAGUGGAGAGGGUGCGAUCAAAAGCAAGAAGGAAAGAAGCUGUUGAGUCUUAUCAAGCUUUACUUGUUGAAACAAUUAAAGAUCCUCAGGCAUCAUGGACGGAAUCAAAACCUAAACUAGAGAAGGAUCCUCAAGGACGUGUGGGCAAUCCUUAUUUGGAUCAAUCUGAUUUGGAAAAGCUAUUCCGGGAACACGUGAAGUUAUUGCAUGAGCGGUGCGUACACGAGUUCAGGUCGCUCCUGUCUGAAACCAUGACUUCAGAAUCAGCUAAUCAAGAAACAGAAGAUGGUAAAACAGCUCGUACUUCAUGGUCAACGGCUAAACGCCUUCUUAAGGCCGACCCCAGGUAUAAUAAGAUGCCAAGGAAAGAGAGAGAAUCACUGUGGCGUCGGUUCGUUGAGGAGAUGCAGCAUAGACAAAGGUCGGGAGUUGAUCAAGCAGAGAAGCAUGCGGAUACAAGAAGUCGAAGAGCUUCUGAGUACGGGAAAUACGUGCCAGCAUCCAGGGGAAGCCGCGAGUAAAAGGUAGCAAGCAGUUUUGGAUGAGAUGCUAGAGCGAGAGCUUUAAGCCGCCUUUCCCAGACAUUACAGUCAGGCUAAUUCUUUUUUGCUCCUUCACAGCUUUCUUUAAAAUAUGCUGUACUAUAUAUUAUGUAAUUAUAUGUUUUUUUUUUUUUGGUUUUUCAACUUGUGUAUCAUCAUAUCAGUAGAGCCUUUUUCUGUAGCCUGUGCCGAACUUAAUUUUGUAGCUACUGCUUUAUCUACGGUGGCAUUAAUGGCUGAUUUAUGUAUCAGGUUUCUUUGUCUGGAUAGCGUUUUUUAAAAUGAGUUAGGUAUGGUUAUAUCAAGAUAUAGUUAGAAUGUUUUCCGUACCAAAAUAGAUAUUGAAUGAUCAAGAUAAGAUUGAUAGUCCGUAACUUUGUUUUCAAUGAUGUUAUAUAAGUUUAACAAAUAUAUUAAAAAUGUAUUUAUUUUUUUUCUCCAAUGCAGUUGUACAUUGGAAAGGAGCCGAUUAAACUCUUUAGUUUUAAAAACUUCUAUAGUUAGCUGGCGGCUUUGGCGCCUUCCGAGCAGCUAUCGUCGGUGAGCACGCGGGGUCGCAGUUGGGCACCCCUUGGCCAAAGUAAGGGCGGCAUCUCGAUGCAUGUUUCAAAUCUCAACCAGUGGGGUCUAGGUGUUCUGUCGAUGAUAAGAGUAGAAGCGGGUAAUCGAACUUCGAUGGUGAAUUUGUGGUUGGAUUGAUUAGAUCAAGUGCAACUUUGACUGAGUGAAGCGACUUUCGAUGGUGGAUCUAUGUCUUCGGUUGCGGUGGGAUCUGAUGAUAAAGGUAAUGGAAAGUCAAGCAAGGAUCUCAGGGUGGAUGUGCAAAGAUCCAAGGAAACUAGGGACGAGGCCAUGCUUUCCCUCAACCUGGUUUCUAUAGAUCCCAAAUGUUUGGCGGUUGAGAAGGAAGGUUGUCAACUUGCUCCAUUAUCAAAAAUGAGAUCUAAGAACAGGUCAGACAUAGCGGUGGAGGGUGUUUUGGUAGGGGAUGGCUCGUGGAUCCUCCCAACAUAUCGAGCCUUCCAUGGAGAAUGACGGUUGGUGUUGGGCAAAUUUGGUAGCAAAGGAGAUAAUGGAAGUCAAGGGCUUACCAGUGUAGGUUGGAAUCAUAGUCGACGGCGAGGGGAGUCUCCAGCUUCCUCGCGAUUCGGGAAUUCCAAAGGCGUAGAUCUCGGAGGGCAAUCAAGCGCAAUUUUCGCUGUUGAUCACUCUUUCAAAGGGCUUACAUGUAAUGGCAGGCCCGCAUGUUGAAGGCACAAUUGCUGAGGCAAGAUUGGAUGAACGUCAUGGGCUAAGUGGGUGGGUGAGGAAGGAAUGGGCUUGGUGCGGUCCAAAUGCACAUAUCUCAAAUUCGCAAGGGUGUGGGCCGAAAUCCUUCUAGGCCUAACUUGCGAAGGGAUUGGAAUGGGGGCUAUGGAGAUCCGCAUCCAAAUUUUGUCAAUUCCAAGGAAGGUGGGGAAAUAAGCAAGCCAUGGGCUCACAUGGUGUGGCGCCAAGGGGCAAUCGAAUGCCUAAUAAAUUGGGAUUUUAUCCUCCCAUGUAUAUUCAAGGUGAUGUUCUUAUGGUGCGAUUUUUCGAUGAGGUGAUUGAAGAGGGAUUAAAGCAUUGGCGCAACACUUUAAACAAAUAUUUUGUUGAUAAGCGCUUGCUUUUUUUAGUGGUGUGAUCCAUUGCAAAUUGUUUGUGGCAUCGCUUUGGACUUAUAGAGGUAAUUUUCAACCA